GGGUCUCUCGACGGAAUUUUGGGUUCAAGACUUCUUGGUCGUUGAUUUAGACUCUGUUUGUUGAUCAAGACGUUAUGGCGUAAUUCCCACCGCUUCCGAGUCAGUUCGCUGCUGAGUCUACCAGUUAAUGAAUCGGAUUGAAAAGCAAAUGGGUUACGCUUCUCUGAUUUCCUUGCUUCUCCUUACUCUGAUCCUACCCUUCUCAUCUGGUAAAUCCGAUGGACUCUGUGUUUCCCAAGGUGGUCGCUUUCCACCAUUCUCAUCUGACGGGAAGCCUCCAAAAAAGGUUAGCAGGGGAUCCAAAGAUCUGACACUUUGCAGGGUGUUCCGCCAAAAAACUUGCUGUGAUGUGGCUCAGACACACCCUGCACUGCUAAACAUAAGGAAGCUUGCUUCAACUGGGGAGGCCAGUCAAGAGUGCUUGCAAUUGUGGGAGCUAAUAGAAUGUUCCAUAUGUAAUCCACAAGUUGGCGUUCAGCCAGGACCUCCUAGAUUAUGCAGCUCUUUGUGUGACAGAGUUUUUAAUGCUUGCUCUGAUGCUUACUUCUCCAUGGAGGCAAUGACACAGGUUCUAGCACCAUGUGGGGUAAAUGAUUUUGUUUGUGGUAGGGCUUCACAGUGGGUUCAUAAUGGCACGGAGCUGUGUCAUGCUGCAGGAUUUGCUGUUAAAGAUGAUCUGCUUGGUGAAGAAACAUCUUGCUAUGGUGGUAAAGCCAGUCUAAACUUAAUUUCUGAUUCAUGGAAAUCUUCACGGUCAUCUUCAAUGCCCCAGAAAACUGGGGCUGCAGGCCUGUUAGAUGAUUUUCAUCAGUGGGUGCUGGAAAUGGCAUUUGCUGAUAGAGUUUCAUGGGCAGUUGGAGGGAUGGUUCUUACAGCUGGAUUAUUGUUUUUGAGCAAACGGAAAAGUCACAACCAUCGUCAGAAACUAGCUGCUAUUCAACGCACUGCUAGGAAAAUGGAAGCCCAAAUGAACCAGAACUAUCCUGGUUACCAAGCAAAUAAGAAGGCAAGUAAAAGAUGAUUUUUCUAUAUGUGAACAUAUAAUUAGUUGAUCAAUUUUCCUCUGGAAAUGUAUUAUUAAAUUACUGGUCUAGCAUAGUUAGUUGAGUUAUUGUAACAUUAAAACAAUUUUUGUUUCCUUUUUGUUUUUACUAUUUUAUUAUUAGAAGUUGACAUGUAUCAGUUAAGUUGUGUUUAUUAAUGUUGGAAGCCCCAGUUGAAGUUCCACUUCCAAAUUACAAA